CAACAAUUUAUCUUGUGGACGUCAACUAAAUCGCAUUAAACGUGACCUUUUCGGUUCAGUUAGUCCUGCUGAAAUAAACAAAUAUGCAUCAGAUGAACUUGAAAAGAAUCACGAAAAAGCUGCCAAAAAAUGGGGUUUUGAUUUUCGGAAUGGAAUGCCAAUAAAAUGUAAUUCGCACUUCGUAUGGGAACGUGUGACUUUCCAAGAGGCAACAAACUCACCCGAAAUGUAUACACUUACACGUGCGGCACAUGUACGUCCAGUGACAACACCACCAACUCCUAUCGAUUUGUUAAUAGAUGAACGUGCUGAACGUGAAAAUUUCAUCAGCUCUGCAACAGAUACGGAUUCAUGUGAUGAAUCACAGGACGAAGCAACAGUAACAUUUAAGGUUCCAACUAUAGUUGGCCAUAGCAAUAAAACUACAAAAAUUACAUUGCCUAGCAGUAAACCUAAUUUGCGUAAACGUCAACCGAAGAUAACAGAAUAUAUGAAGGAACGCAAACGUCUCGCACAAACUCCUAAGAAAAUGUCACCACCAUCAAAACGCAUGCGUACUUCAUCUGGCAGUGGCGUCUCUUCAAGUACCAACAGUCACUUAAGUCAAAUGUUCGGCUUUAGUGGAAAUAUUACUUUCAAAAGAUCAUAUGCAAAAUAAACUCAAAUUUUUCUCGUCAACUUUACAUAUAUUUAAGUAUAAACUAUUUUGUAUACCCUAUAUGUAUAUUCCAAUUGUAAAUAUAUACAUAUACAUAUAUAUGUAUAUUUCGAUUUAAAUUAUAAGUACAUAAUUUCAAUUAAGAAAUUGCCAUAAAUAUUAGUGAUUAGUUAUAAAAAUUUUAUAUACAAAAAACUAUUAAUCAAAGACAAUUUUCUAUUGGUAAAAUCUAAAACUCUCAGUUUUAUAAA